AUGGCAGAGAAACUCGUCGUCGCAUGUAGGUGUCCUCAUGUUUUAUAUUUAUGGUUUAUUAAACUCUUUCUAUCGUAGCUUUAAGUCUUCUGUACUGUUUAUUUCAUUAGAUUUUAAUCGUUGAUCUAUGUUUUUAUAUGUUUGUGUUUCAGAUCGCGGCGCGAAUGGUCUGAAGAUUCAACGAGGUAUAGAUAAUCCCGAAGAAGUUCUCGCUUUGGCAUGGUAAGGUUUUUUGAUUUUUUUUUAAAUUUAGGUAUAACUUGGAGGACAGUUGAUUCAAUUGUUUUAUUGAAAAAUUUUUGUAUUAUUGGAUGAUUUUGGUUUAAUAUUUUCGUAUUUUAGUUCUGCGAAGGAGGACACGGUCUGCCGAUGCUUUCAGUUCAGUCCAAGUGGACGAUAUUUUGCUUAUUGUGAUAGCAAACAGUGAGUGACAUUAUUAUGCUUAGUUCUUUAAAAAAUUGUUAUAAAACUAACGUUAUUAACUUUUCUUUAAGUUUCAAACAAAUUGUUAUAGAACUGUUUGUUACGAUGUUACCGCGAAGAAAGAAAAGUUCAGAAUCGAAGGUCUUGCUAGGACGAUGAAGAUCUCGUUCUCACCCAACGAAAACCUGAUGAUAACCUUCCAGCAGUACGCGAUUUAUGGCUCCAGAAUCGCUGAAGACGGGACGAAGCGAGAAGCCGAUCCAAAUCUCCGCUUCUACGAUGUGCGGGAUGGGAAAGAAGUGGCAGUGAAGGUCUGCAAAUAUCAAGUCAACUGGAAACCUCAGUUUUCGGUAGAUGAGAAGUUUUGUGUCUUGAAAGAGAAUGGAUCUGAACUACACUUUUACGAAAACAACAAGUUUGGUAAGUUUUUAGGUAACAAUUUUGUUUUUCUAGAAAUCUUUUUUAUUUUUUGCUCAGGUUUUUAGAAUUUAAAGUUUUUCCUUAAUAAUAGAGCUGUUACAUUUUAUUUUUUGGUUAAUUUUCUACUACUAAUAUUGUUUUAGAUCGGUUCACGAGAAAAGGUAUAAUCAAGGGAUUAGAAAUUUUUGAAUUAAGUCCUGGACUGGACCCCACUCUGUGCUGUUUCAUUCCUUCAACUGGGGUAAGCGAUAAAUCAAGGAGAAGUAAUGUUUCGUUAGUUUUACCUAUUGAAUAACAUAAUUUUAGGGUAAGCCAGGAAUAAUCCAGCUGCGUAGUCCGUACGAAGACCUGAGAGUGAUCACUCAGAAGACUUCGUUUAACUGUGAUCAGUGUGCUUUCAACUGGAACUCCAAGGGAAGUGCUGUGUUGGCCACGACAACUGUUGAAGUCGACAAAACCAACCAGAGUUACUACGGUAUCAGUUGUGUGUACCUUUUGACUAAAAUGGGUGAAAGUUUCCAAGUGCAUCUCAACAAGGAGGGGCCUCUGCAUUCGAUGGAAUGGGCUCCGAACGGAAUGUCUUUCAUUGCUUGUUUUGGAUAUAUGCCUUCAAAGGUAAUAUAUUUUUGUUUCACAUUAUUACCUUUAUUUUUGUUAUAUUAUAAAGUAAUACGUGAGUAUUGUUGGUAAAAGUUAUUUUUAGAUAAGUGUUUUUAACUUACGGGCAACGGUGACCUGGUGCUUGGGGGAGAACCACAAGAACGAGGUAUACUUCAAUCCUUUCGGGAAUCUCUUGGCCGUUUGUGGAUUCGGAAACUUGGCGGCUGGAAAGAUCGAAGUUUGGGAUGUGGAGAAGAAGACCGAGGUGGUGCAGAUGCAAGUACCAAACACCACCUUCUUCCAAUGGGCUCCAGAUGGCCAACACUUCUUGACCGCUACGACAGCGCCAAGGCUUCGGGUCGACAACAACUUCAGAAUCUGGCACUACACCGGACCGUUGAAGCACGAGUUUUUGAGUGUUGAUGCUGAGAACAAGAACAUCGAGUUGGCUCAAGUAUGUUUAAUUGAUGUUGUUAUUUCAAUAUAUGUACUUGUGUUUUCGUUACCAUAUAUACGAUACAGAAAAGCUGCUUUGAUUGUAAAACUGGUCUAAUUUAUUUUUUUAGGUAACUUUCAAGCCAGCUUCAAACGAAUACAACAAGUUCAAGGUAACGGAGUUGUCUGACGCCGAAAGACGAAAAAUUGAGAAUCGACGCGUCGGAAGUACCAUCCCAGAACACGGAGUCACGACAUUGAAGAAGGCUGGUGUAGUGACUGAAGGUGGCAAGUACGUGCCCCCUCAUCAAAGAAAAAGUAAGUUUUACUUAUAUUCAUAUAGAUUUUUCGAUCCUUUGUACCUAAAAUAACAAUUUAAAAGUAAGAAGAGCUGUUAACUCAUGUCUUAUUUAGCACAAGAUUCCAAUUCUCGACCGGCCCAACAGAAACCUCAAGUCAAUCGUGUCGAACUUACUCCGCAGGAGAAACAGCUCCAAAAGCUAAAAAAGAAGAUCGACGACAUCCGAAAGUUACAGCAGAAAGAGACUGAAGGCGUCACUCUGGAAGUGAACCAAAAACAGAAGCUGGCCAAGCUGCCCGAACUGGAGGAAGAGCUGCGACAACUCGAGGUUAACGGCAGCUAA